AUGCACGGCGAUGCCUCGACAGACAACAAAACUUCCAACCCACCUGCUCUCGAUGACCGGGUAUCCCAAUUCAAGACUCUUGUGAAUCAGCGCGGCAAAGGCGACCGAUUUUAUGAGCACUUCACAACACAAAGCGUCUUCGCUCUUGGUCUGGACGUGCUUGACACUGCGCAAGAUGCUGGCCUUAGACAAGAAGUUAUUACUACCCUCGCGUCGGAGGAAGGCCUCUCCUGCAUCCGCCACGUCGCGUCCAACCGCAUACCUUUAGCAUUGGCAGCAGGCACCAAUGAAAAAGUCAAGCUAUGGGAGACGGAGGCGUGUCCUCUGCUGCGACUCGCGGUACACAACGCAGUUGUGAACUCUACGCUUCUCGAAGAGAAAGUGGCCGCGAUUCACAGCUUCAUCAUUGGCGUCGGAGGUACUCGGUUGACCGCAUGGUUCGACCUCGCAGUUGAGCUUGCUGAGUCUCCUCAGCUGCCCUCGGAAGUGUCCUGCAUUGGCCUAGCAGAGCUGUCACUCCUUGUUUUGUCGACACUACUUGGUUCCGGCACAUCUCAAAUUGUCAACGACUCUUUCCGUCACUACUCCAUGAGACUCAGCGCUGUUGCUACGAAUGCCGAGCCUUCAAGACCGGAGGACACGUUUUGCAAGUUGCAAGCGUCCCAAUACGCUGAUUAUAUUGACAGACGUCUCAAAAUUGGCGAAGACAUUCCAGGGCUCAGACAAGCUACGCCUUCCGGGCCUGUUCAACUUUCGGCUUUCCAGCUCCAGAGAGACCUCCCCGGUCACCUGUCUGCUGACGGUCCGCGCCAUGACAACGAUCACGCCGACAUUACCAAGAUCUCAAUUUUGCCUACUCCAGACGAAAUUCGCAGCACUCGAAGUGAGUACUUGCCGAUAGCCGACCCAACUUCAUGGCACCAUCACGGUAUUCGUGGUCGUUUAGACCGUGAGUUUCGACUGCUCCGCGAGGACACGGUGGGACAACUUCGCGACGUCGUGCGCACCGUGUUGGACAACCUUCAACAGAACAAAGAUGAAGGAACGGCCUUGGGUCCAGGUCCAAGAAGCGGACAAGACAGCAUUCAGUACUGCGUAUAUGAAAAUGUUGUGGUCAUAGAUGUGGGCUUUGAACAACGCUCUGGGGCCGAGUUCCUUGUCCGAUUCCGCCAGCCGGCCAACCGAAACCGACAGAAUCGCGUCAAGCCUGCAGAGGACAGCGAUGCAUCGAAGAAGCAGAGGCGCGAUUGGUGGACAUUUCAAGCCAAAAAGCGCCUUCAGCCAGGUGGCCUCGUCUGCGCUAUUGAUGCCCAAGGAUCGGUCAACUUUUUCACCGUUUCUGACUCGACGAUGCGCACAAGCAGCGAUGUCAGACGGUGGGGACAAGACAAGAACACCUCGCAGGAGAUGGAUAGUAGCUCCGACCCCAACCAAGGAAUCAAAUACAACCUUGCAGACGACCCUCAACACGCGUUUGUUCGCCUGGGGUUCAACGGCAUCGAAGGCCAGAGCCAGCUUGCAUACGGGCUCUCUUGGUUUCUCAAGAGCCGAAUUAACCGCGCAUCGGCGGGACGCUUAAGAGACGGCCAGCAGCUACGCAUCCUUGUCGAAUUUCCGGGCAUCCUGCUCGACUCGUUUUUGCACACGCUUCGCGCUUUGCAAUCUGGAACGGAAAAGCUCAACAUUCCCAUGUGCGAUCUCAUCGCACCAGAGCAAAUUGACGUUGAAGGGGCCAAUCCUCAGCCGAAAGAUGUUGCUCCUCCAAAAUACGCUCAGAAGCCAGGAUUUGUGUUCGACAUGAGCAGCCUGACUGCUGCAAACGAGCCGCUUCAACACAGCAUUCGCCGCCCCUUGACAUCUGAAGAGGUUUGUGACAAAACGAAGCUCGACAGCACGCAAUCCGUGGCUCUCUUGGAAGCUCUUUCUCGGUCCAUGGCCCUUGUCCAAGGCCCACCGGGAACGGGAAAGACGUUUGCAGGUGUUGAAAUUCUCAAAGUCCUGCUCCACAAUCAAAAGAAGGCGGAGCUUGGGCCCAUUGUUAUUGUUUGCUACACCAACCAUGCGCUGGAUCAGAUUCUCGAGCAUAUUCUUGACUCUGGCACGCCGGCCAAUAUUCUUCGCAUGGGAGGACAGUCCAAGUCGGAGCGGCUCAAAAAUCUCAAUUUGCGCGACGCAGCUCAUAAGGUUGAGCGAACAAAGGUCGAGAAGCGCAUGUUGUGGUCAUCCGGCGAGACAUUGAAGAUCAUGGUCAAUCAGCUAGAGCGGCUUUUCGGAAGUUUGAUCGUGUCUACGCGUGAAGAUGCGAUCGUACGGUUCCUCUCGAGAUACGACACCGAAGUCUACAGAGAACUGUUCGGACGUAGAGGAGCUGAAGAUGACUCCGGAGACCAAGAUGGAUUCACAAUUGUCAAUCGACAUAAGCCCAGCGCCAUCAUUCACCGAUGGCGCAACGGUGGCGAUGUGGAAUUCGGCCCAGCGGCAACCGGUCGGAGGUUGUCCAUGCUGACGCUCGAUGAGCGGAACACACUUUACGAGAAGUGGCAGACCGAGUCUUUCACCCUCAUUCAAGACGAGAUUGAGCACGUGUACAUUGACUAUGUCGCGGCUAAACGAUCCCUUGAAAAGGCAAGACAAGAAGCCGAUUUGCGGUGUCUGGAGGCGGCCAACAUUGUCGGCAUGACCACGACGGGUCUUGCCAAGAGCCACGACUUGCUCAAGCACAUCAAGUCCAAAGUGUUAUUGUGUGAAGAGGCGGGUGAAGUGCUCGAAGCGCACAUGCUCACGUCCUUUCUGCCGUCCAUCGAACACGCCAUCUUGAUUGGCGAUCACCAACAGCUCCGGCCACAAGUGCAAAACUACGACCUCAGCAUAGAAAAUCGCGGUGGCGCCCAGUUUGCAUUUGAUAAGUCCCUGUUUGAGCGCCUCGUCUCGCCUCGAGCCGGUGAAGCCAAGAUCCCGUUCAGCACAUUGUCUACCCAACGCCGGAUGCACCCGUCGAUCUCGGCGCUCAUUCGAGCCCCAUUGUAUCCCUCCCUAGAAGACGGGCCAAACGUGCAUCUGUAUCCGGAAGUUACAGGCAUGACACGGCGGUUGUUUUGGCUCGACCAUCAAAAUUGGGAAGACGGUGCCGUCGGAGGCUACAAAAGUACGGAAGCAUCGGGCACGUCGCGCACCAACGAGUUUGAAGUCGAAAUGACCGCCGCGCUGGUGUCGCACCUCUUCAAGCAGGGGGCGUACUCUGGUGGCGACAUCGCCGUCCUCACACCGUAUCUCGGGCAGAUGAUGCUCUUGAGGCGGCGUCUCUCCUCGAUGCUUGAGCUGACGUUCAACGACCGAGACGCGGCUGAUCUGGAGGCGGCCGACGGCGUCGGCUCCGAGGCCGAGCCGACCGACAGAGGCGACAGCGCACAGGCCGACCAGCUUUUUGUUCCCGCCAAGACGACCCUUCUGAAUAGUGUGCGUGUUGCCACAGUUGACAAUUUCCAGGGAGAGGAGGCCAAGGUGGUCGUCAUCUCUUUGGUGCGGAGCAACAAGAAUCGCCAGUGCGGAUUCUUGCGCACGUCGAACCGGAUUAACGUCUUGCUUUCGCGGGCUCGGCACGGCAUGUACAUUAUUGGAAAUGGCGACACCUGCACUGGGAUUCCGAUGUGGAGAGAUGUGAUGUCGGCCCUUCAAUGCGACAACAACAUGGGACCCGAACUCCCACUUCAAUGCCCUCGCCACCCUGAGCGGACAUUUCUGGCGUCGUUGCCGGACCACUUUGUUCAGUUUGCCCCCGACGGCGGUUGUCUGCAGCCGUGCGACAAGCGGCUGGCUUGCGGCCACUCCUGCAUCGGCCGGUGCCACUCGGACGUGAUCCACGCUGCCGUCAAGUGCCUCGAGCCAUGUCCCCGCUCGUUGAAUGGCUGCAUCCACGCAUGUCCCCGGCCCUGCGAAUGUGGUGCCGAUGACGCCCUGGACCAAGAAGUGGACUUUAUUACCAUGGCUACAUACCGGAAGAUCAACUUGGGCGAGGAUCCGUGCAUCUUUCCAGUUUGCGGUCACAUCUUGACAAUGUCGUCGAUGGACGGCAUCAUGGAUAUGGCGAAACACUACACCAUGACCCAAGACACGUCUGGUCUGCCACGUCCCGUGGCAAUUGCUGCGUCGUCGUCGCCUUUUGACAUGAAGGAGGUGAAAGUGUGUCCACACUGCCGCGGGUCGCUGCGCGAUGUAGCGCGGUACGGUCGAAUCGUACGACGCGCGGUGCUUGACGAGUCGACCAAGCGUUUCAUCAACUGGGCGCGUCAGAAGCACAAUGAGCUGGCCCUUCAGCUCACGGGGCCCAAAGGACAGCUCGAAGUCGACAAGGAAAUGGAAGGGAAGAAGGCGAAGCGAUCUGUCCAUCAAAAAGCGGAGCAGGUUUACAAAAAGAAGUUCUUUGCCGGCAAAGGGCGCUCUGCCUUGAUGGCAGAGUUGCUGCUGUCCACAGACUUGGCCCGCCAUCACCACCAGCUGGCCCAGACGCGCAACGACAUCUCGCAAUUUGCCGCAAAGGUCGCCACCGAUGAGCAGCCCUUCCAGCGCGUGGCUGAACUGGUGACGUUUGCACACAACAGACGCCGGGCCAGUGGAUCCGAACCCGCCGCGCCCGAUCCUGCGCCACGCCAUUUCGAGUUUGACGAAAGCGUUCUUCAGACGGGCAGCAGCCUGCAAGCUGCUGUUCUGCUCAUGCGCUGCGAUAUCCUUGCCCUCGAGUACGUUGUGUUUUCUCUCGAAAAGGCUACGUCGGUCGAUAAGUUGCACGCCCGUAUCCGAGGCGGGGACGGCGGCUGCGGCGGCAGCAGCAGCAGCAGCAGCAACAAUCGAACAGACACGACAUCCUACACGUUGGCCUUCCAGACCGUCUCCAAGGCGAUCAAGACCAACCGAUUUACAGUCCUGUUCAAGGAAUUCGAGUCGACAACCGAGGCUGCCAAGUUGGCCAGAUAUACGAAGCAGGAAGUCGAGGGAUACAUAUGCAGCACCCAUCUCUGCAUCGUUCUGUCGCGUCUCUUGGACUGUAUCGAGGAAGGAGUUGAUGCGGAGCAUGGGGAGAAGGAGGAUGAACCUUCCACUGCGAGAUUGGUGGAGGCCGACGGCCCAAGCGCUGUUCUGUCGCGCACGAAACUCAAAGAGCGCGCCACGCAGCACCUCGCAGCCGCCCGCGCCGUUUUCCAGACCUCGCCAUCGGCGCACGACCUCUUUGGCCCCGAAGUGGACCGCCUGGAACAGGCUCUCGAGAACCUCGCCGAGUACCGGCCCGUGACUGCCGCCGAGAUGCAGGCCGUCUACAAGGCGAUGGCAAGUGAGUUCAAUGGCUCGGGCCACUGGUACACCUGUGUCAACGGCCACCCGUUUACGGUCGGCGAGUGCGGGAUGCCCAUGGAGCAGGCGCGGUGCAACGAAUGCGGCGCGCCCGUGGGCGGCCGGGACCACACGAACGCCGAGGGCGUGGUGGUCGCCACAGAGAUUGAAGAACUCGGUCGGGGUAUGAACAGGAUGGCAGUUGACUGA